UUUUAUACACUUGUCAGCAAUGGGUGUUGCUGAAAUAGCUGAAUCCACUAGUUUGAAGGGGUGUCCGCAUAUUUUUGUAUGUGUAGUGUGUGUACUGUACUGGUGAUACGUACUGUACUAGUAAUAUGAUGAAGGGUGUAUAUAUAAUGUACUAUUGAAUGAUAUAGUAUACGUACUGUACCAGUAAUAUUAUAUAGCAUAUAUAGUGUCCUGAGUGUUUGUCUGUCCAGGUCUGAUGGGGUGGGGGUGUGUUUCCUGAACAAAACAACAAGCAGCAAUUGCCCCUGCUCUCCUGGACAUGUGAACACUGGCAUAGUCCCUGGGGACAGGAAGUACACUACAGGAAGUACACUACUCUAGUGCAGAGUCGUAUGAGGCAGCCCUAUGAAGCGGACAUGUGAACACUGGCAUAGUCCCUGGGGACAGGAAGUACACUACUCUAGUGCAGAGUCUUAUGAGGCAGCCCUAUGAAGCUCGGGCCAAAGUACUGAACGAUGAAUAGAUUUCCAUUUGAGAUCCACCUCCAGGGAUCUGACUAAUUCUGCUGUUGUCUUUUAAGCUUCUCUUGCCAGUGUUAAAUUGAUAGUUUUUUUUAUAGUGCGUUUUAAUUUAUAUUUGAUUAUUGUUAUGCUAUUUUACAUGCACAGUACUUUACAGAAUUUGUCAUGAUAGAAAGUGAAUGUGAUGUCCUUCCUGAUUUUAGGUCUAUAUUUAAAUAGCUCAUAAGAAGUGUUCUCUCAUUUUAACCCUUUAGAUCCAGGAGCUGCUGUUCCUCUGACUGUAUAUAUCUAACCUUAACUACCCCUUAUAGACUGGCCUCUGACUGUAUUUAUCUGACCUUAACUACCCCUUAUAGACUGGCCUCUGACUGUAUUUAUCUGACCUUAACUACCCCUUAUAGACUGGCCUCUGACUGUAUUUAUCUAACCUUAACUACCCCUUAUAGACUGGCCUCUGACUGUAUUUAUCUAACCUUAACUACCCCUUAUAGACUGGCCUCUGACUGUAUUUAUCUGACCUUAACUACCCCUUAUAGACUGGCCUCUGACUGUAUUUAUCUGACCUUAACUACCCCUUAUAGACUGGCCUCUGACUGUAUUUAUCUAACCUUAACUACCCCUUAUAGACUGGCCUCUGACUGUAUUUAUCUAACCUUAACUACCCCUUAUAGACUGGCCUCUGACUGUAUUUAUCUGAAGUAGAACCGAGCAAUAGGUCUGUGGAUGAAGGUUAUGUUUAUAUAACUAAAGAAUCCUGUCAUUUCAAGUCUGGGGAAUGUCAUUUACUGUGUUGUCUUCUACUGCCCCCUAGCUCUGGUCCAUACUGUCACUACGUUCUCUACUGCCCCCUAGCUCUGGUCCAUACUGUCACUACGUUAUCUACUGCCCCCUAGCUCUGGUCUAUACAGUCACUACGUUCUCUACUGCCCCCUAGCUCUGGUCCAUGCUAUCACUACGUUCUCUACUGCCCCCUAGCUCUGGUCUAUACAGUCACUACGUUCUCUACUGCCCCCUAGCUCCGGUCUAUACAGUCACUACGUUAUCUACUGCCCCCUAGCUCUGGUCUAUACAGUCACUACGUUCUCUACUGCCCCCUAGCUCUGGUCUAUACAGUCACUACGUUCUCUACUGCCCCCUAGCUCUGGUCUAUACAGUCACUACGUUCUCUACUGCCCCCUAGCUCUGGUCCAUAAUGUCACUACGUUCUCUACUGCCCCCUAGCUCUGGUCCAUACUGUCACUACAUCAUCUACUACCCCCUAGCUCUGGUCUAUACUGUCACUACAUCAUAUACUGCUCUGUAGCUCUGGUCCAUGCUGUCACUACAUUCUUUACUACCCCGUAGCUCUGGUCCAUACUGUCACUGCAUCCUCUACUCUCCCCUAGCUCUGGUCUAUACUGUCACUACAUCAUAUACUGCUCCGUAGCUCUGGUCCAUGCUGUCACUACAUUCUCUACUACCCCGUAGCUCUGGUCCAUGAUGUCACUACAUCCUCUACUGCCCCCUAGCUCUGGUCUAUACAUCCCUGAUACUCGGAGCAUGUAACAGACCUUAAGAGGAUAUAAAUCCCAUUGGAUCAACUGACAGUAUAGUGUAGCAUCAACCGUGAAACGUCAUGCCUGGUUUAACUGUCAUUUAAUAGGAUCUCUAUGGGUUAACCUUUCAAACAUGAUAGUUGUAAAGGUUCUGUUAAAUGUACCCAGCUGUUAAUAUUUACUCUUUUAACCAUGCUUAUUCAUUGGUAUUCACAAUAAAACUAAAAGCCAAAUGUCCAGAAUAUUGUGGUUUACUAUAUAAUUUCUGUAUGACUGGCAUUUAUUUUUACACUGAUUGUGUUCUAGGUUGAUAGGUAAUGUAGUUGACAUGGGUAAUGUUCUAGGUUGAUAGGUAAUGUAGUUGACAUGGGUAAUGUUCUAGGUUGAUAGGUAAUGUAGUUGACAUGGGUAAUGUUCUAGGUUGAUAGGUAAUGUAGUUGACAUGGGUAAUGUUCUAGGUUGAUAGGUAAUGUAGUUGACAUGGGUAAUGUUCUAGGUUGGGAUAUAUAAUCUAGUUGACAUGGGUAAUGUUCAACAAUAUUUUCCCCCUUAGUACAGUAUGGGAGUGCUUCUUUUUGCGACACCAUAAAAAGUUGAGCGUGACUACCUUAUUGCCUUAGUAAUAAAAGUAUCCGAUUUCCCGAGUCGUGUGAUGCUGUGCAGUGAUGUGUAAGCAGUGUUGGUGAGCAGAGUCCACAGGAGGGUUCACUGGUUUCUGCUCCAGACAACAGGAGUAGUUUCACACCAGACUGAGAAUUGAAAGGCUUUCAUACCAGACUGGUGUUGAGUGAGAGGUUGAUAAAGGAAGGGUCUGGAUCUAAACCCUGGGGAACAAGGGUUAAAGACAACAUGCCAUCAGGGCGGAUGAUCAAGCUGGUGGUGUACGAGGUGUUACAGGUCGCUUGUCUCAGUGUUCCAAUAUUCGUGGUGAUGGAGAGGUUUGCUUCCCUGAUGCUCCAUGUCAGAGGAGAUCUGACUGCCUAUUGGUUGGUGGUAGCAGCUUCCAUAGCCUACGUUACCUCUGUAUCUCUGCUGGUCUGGGUUCCACUCCGGUACCUUGUCCUCAAGCAGCGCACGGUCAUCACAGACAUCACGCAGUGGAGACCAACACCAUUGGCCUAUGUGGUUCUGUGCACGUUACCAUGCUUCUCUAUUCUGAUCGCCGGUUCCAAGGUGCAGGUGGAUAAGGGACCCCAGUACAGACAGGACCACUUCUCUGAGCUGCCCGUCUCUCUUGUGCUCUUCUCUCUCAUCUGUGUGGAUAUCAUCGAGAGGAUCCGGCCGUGCUGCCUCACUGGGCAAG